CCUGCCCAGCAAACAGCCACUACGAGCUGUGUGCUGACACCUGUGGUACUAGCUGUGCCAGCCUGGUGGACUCCACCUGCUUUGAGGGCUGCCAGUGCGACGUGGGCUUCGUCUCUGACGGUGACAAGUGUGCCUCCAUGGAUGCGUCUACGAAGGCUAGUACAUGCCUAGCACUGUUCUAUAUUUCCAGAUUGGCCAAGUGGUGGUAACCAAAGGCUGUGACACUAAGUGCGUGUGCCAGGCCUCAGGGCUGGUGAGGUAUGAGAAACGUGUCUGUGGGAUGAAGGACGGGUUCAGAGGAUGCCAACUCAAACGGGGGCACUGCAUGGUUCACCCUGGUGCCCACUUCACCACCUUCGAUGGAAUGAAGGGGUUUAUGGGGCUGUGGGUCUUUGAGGUAGCCUCUCUGUGUGACCAGACCUCUGCCCAGUGGUUCAGGAUGGUGAUGGACGUACGCGUCUGCAGUAACGGAGUCUAUCCCAAUGUGGCUACAGUCUGUGUCUUCAAGGAUGUCACCGUCAACAGCCAGCACAACACCUGGGUGAAUGGUCAGAAUGUGUCCCUUCCCAGCACUCCAGCCAAACAGCUGUCUGUCAGCAUCGCCGACAGGACAGUGGUCAUCGAGAGGGAUUCUGGUGUGCGUGUCACCUACUCCAUCUCCCAGGAGCUAUUCAUUACUAUCGACAAUCACCUGGCUGGCAAGGUGUGCGGCGCCUGCGGCAACUACAACGGUAUUGUCAAGGAUGACAUGACAGCCGACAGGAAAUCCUCCACAGAUGUGACUGAUCGUUGGCUCCUGGGAGGGCUGGGGACUUCUCUAGCUGUGGCCUGUAAAGAAUGCCGUGUCCAUCAACUCUACAAUGAAGGACUGAUAUUUCCUCCUGAAUCUUUGAAGAAAUCCUGCAUUUCCACUUGCUUAGAGCAAUCGUAACAAGUGAGGUCACUCAACUUUGGUUUAUCAGUGAUUUGCAAAAAUGAAUUUGAGUAACCAUUUUACAUUUGUCAAAUCUUACUAUAAAGUAGUACUUUCCACUUCAACUA